AUGGCCUCUGGAGAUGCUGAGAUGGCUGUUUUUGGGGAGGCAGCUCCUUACCUCCGCAAGUCAGAGAAGGAGAGAAUUGCAGCCCAGAACAAGCCUUUUGAUGCCAAGUCAUCUGUCUUUGUGGUGCAUCCUAAGGAAUCCUUUGUGAAAGGGACAAUCCAGAGCAGGGAGGCCGGGAAGGUCACUGUCAAGACUGAAGGGGGAGAGACCUUGACCGUCAAAGACGAUCAGAUCUUCUCCAUGAACCCCCCCAAGUAUGAUAAAAUCGAGGACAUGGCCAUGAUGACCCACCUCCAUGAACCCGCUGUGCUGUACAACCUCAAAGAGCGUUAUGCAGCCUGGAUGAUCUACACCUACUCAGGUCUCUUCUGUGUCACCAUCAACCCCUACAAGUGGCUGCCGGUGUACAACCCGGAGGUGGUGUUGGCCUACCGAGGCAAGAAGCGCCAGGAGGCCCCUCCACACAUCUUCUCCAUCUCUGACAACGCCUAUCAGUUCAUGCUGACUGAUCGCGAGAACCAGUCGAUCCUGAUCACCGGAGAAUCCGGUGCCGGGAAGACUGUGAACACCAAGCGUGUCAUCCAGUACUUUGCAACAAUUGCAGCCAGUGGGGAGAAGAAGAAGGAGGAGCAGUCUGGCAAAAUGCAGGGAACGCUUGAGGAUCAAAUCAUCAGCGCCAACCCGCUGCUGGAGGCCUUUGGGAACGCCAAGACCGUGAGGAACGACAACUCCUCACGCUUUGGCAAAUUCAUCAGAAUCCACUUUGGAGCUACAGGCAAACUGGCUUCUGCUGACAUUGAAACCUAUCUGCUGGAGAAGUCCAGAGUCCCUUUCCAGCUCAAGGCAGAAAGAAGCUACCACAUCUUUUAUCAGGUCACUUCCAACAAGAAGCCCGAGCUAAUUGACAUGCUCCUCAUCACCACCAACCCUUAUGAUUUCCACUUUGUGAGUCAAGGUGAGAUCACUGUUCCCAGCAUUGAUGACAAGGAGGAGCUGAUGGCUACAGAUAGUGCCAUUGACAUCCUGGGCUUCACUGCUGAUGAGAAAACAGCCAUCUACAAGCUGACAGGGGCUGUCAUGCACCAUGGGAACUUGAAGUUCAAGCAGAAGCAACGAGAGGAGCAGGCAGAGCCUGAUGGCACAGAAGUGGCUGACAAGACUGCCUACCUAAUGGGUCUGAACUCAGCAGACCUGCUCAAGGCUCUCUGCUACCCUCGAGUCAAGGUGGGGAAUGAAUAUGUGACCAAGGGGCAAACUGUGCAGCAGGUGAACAAUUCAGUGGGUGCUCUGGCAAAGGCUGUCUAUGAGAAGAUGUUCUUGUGGAUGGUUGUUCGUAUUAACCAACAGCUGGAUACCAAGCAGCCCAGACAGUACUUCAUUGGUGUCCUGGACAUUGCUGGCUUUGAGAUCUUUGAUUUCAACAGCUUUGAGCAGCUGUGCAUCAACUUCACCAAUGAGAAACUGCAACAGUUCUUCAACCAUCACAUGUUCGUGCUGGAGCAGGAGGAGUACAAGAAAGAAGGAAUUGAAUGGACAUUCAUUGACUUUGGGAUGGACCUGGCUGCCUGCAUUGAGCUGAUUGAGAAGCCCAUGGGCAUCUUCUCCAUCCUGGAAGAGGAGUGCAUGUUCCCCAAGGCAACUGACACCUCUUUCAAGAACAAGCUCUAUGACCAACAUCUGGGCAAGUCCAACAACUUCCAGAAGCCCAAACCUGCCAAAGGCAAGGUUGAGGCCCACUUCUCCCUGGUGCACUAUGCUGGCACAGUGGACUACAACAUCUCUGGCUGGCUGGAGAAGAACAAGGACCCUCUGAAUGAAACUGUCAUUGGGUUGUACCAGAAAUCAUCAGUGAAGACCCUGGCCUUACUCUUUGCCAAUUAUGGUGGAGCAGAUGCAGAAUCUGGAGGUGGCAAGAAGGGUGGCAAAAAGAAGGGUUCUUCUUUCCAGACUGUCUCAGCUCUCUUCCGGGAGAACUUAAACAAGCUGAUGACCAAUCUUCGGAGCACUCACCCCCACUUUGUCCGUUGCAUCAUCCCAAAUGAAACAAAAACACCUGGUGCCAUGGAGCAUGAGCUGGUGCUGCACCAGCUGCGGUGCAACGGAGUGCUGGAAGGGAUCCGAAUUUGCAGGAAAGGAUUCCCCAGCAGGGUUCUCUACGCUGACUUCAAGCAGAGAUACAAGGUGCUUAAUGCCAGUGCCAUCCCAGAGGGACAGUUCAUUGAUAGCAAGAAGGCUUCUGAGAAGCUUCUUGGGUCAAUUGACGUGGAUCACACCCAGUACAAAUUUGGACACACCAAGGUGUUCUUCAAAGCUGGGCUGCUGGGGCUCCUGGAGGAGAUGAGGGAUGAGAAGCUGGCACAGCUCAUCACCCGCACACAGGCCAUGUGCAGGGGCUUCCUGAUGAGAGUGGAGUACCAGAGAAUGGUGGAGAGGAGGGAGUCCAUCUUCUGCAUCCAGUACAACGUUCGGGCCUUCAUGAACGUCAAGCACUGGCCCUGGAUGAAGCUGUUCUUCAAGAUCAAGCCCUUGCUGAAGAGUGCAGAGUCUGAGAAGGAGAUGGCCAACAUGAAGGAGGAGUUUGAGAAAACCAAGGAGGAGCUUGCAAAGUCUGAGGCCAAGAGGAAGGAGCUGGAGGAGAAAAUGGUGGUCCUGCUGCAGGAGAAAAACGACCUGCAGCUCCAAGUGCAGGCAGAAGCAGACAGCUUGGCUGAUGCUGAGGAAAGGUGUGACCAGCUCAUCAAAACCAAAAUCCAGCUGGAAGCCAAAGUUAAAGAAGUGACUGAAAGGGCUGAGGAUGAGGAGGAAAUUAAUGCUGAGCUGACAGCCAAGAAGAGGAAACUGGAGGAUGAAUGUUCAGAGCUGAAGAAAGAUAUUGAUGACCUUGAGCUAACACUGGCCAAGGUUGAGAAGGAAAAGCAUGCCACUGAAAACAAGGUGAAAAACCUCACAGAGGAGAUGGCAGCCCUGGACGAGACCAUUGCCAAGCUGACCAAAGAGAAGAAAGCCCUCCAAGAGGCCCAUCAGCAGACGCUGGAUGACCUGCAGGCAGAGGAGGACAAAGUCAACACUCUGUCCAAAGCUAAGGCCAAGCUGGAGCAGCAAGUAGACGAUCUGGAAGGGUCCCUGGAGCAGGAGAAGAAACUGCGUGUGGACCUUGAGAGAGCUAAGAGGAAACUUGAAGGAGACCUGAAGCUGGCCAAUGACAGCAUCAUGGAUUUGGAAAAUGAUAAGCAGCAGCUGGAUGAGAAACUGAAGAAGAAAGACUUUGAGAUCAGCCAGAUCCAGAGCAAAAUCGAAGAUGAGCAAGCCCUGGGCAUGCAGUUACAGAAGAAGAUCAAGGAGCUGCAGGCUCGUAUUGAGGAGCUGGAGGAGGAAAUUGAGGCCGAGCGAACCUCUCGGGCCAAAGCAGAGAAGCAUCGGGCUGACCUGUCCAGGGAGCUGGAGGAGAUCAGCGAGCGCCUGGAAGAAGCAGGAGGAGCUACUGCAGCUCAGAUUGAUAUGAAAAAGAAGCGGGAGGCAGAGGUCCCGAAGAUGCGCCGUGACCUGGAGGAGGCCACGCUGCAGCACGAAGCCACGGCUGCCGCCCUGCGCAAGAAGCACGCGGACAGCACAGCUGAGCUGGGGGAGCAGAUCGACAACCUGCAACGCGUGAAGCAGAAGCUGGAGAAGGAGAAGAGUGAGCUGAAGAUGGAGAUUGACGACCUGGCCAGUAACAUGGAGUCUGUCUCCAAGGCUAAGGCAAACCUGGAGAAGAUGUGUCGCACACUAGAAGACCAGCUGAGUGAGAUUAAGACAAAGGAAGAGGAGCAUCAGCGCAUGAUCAAUGACCUUAAUGCUCAAAGAGCUCGUCUGCAGACAGAAGCAGGUGAAUAUUCACGCCAGGUGGAUGAAAAAGAUGCUUUGAUAUCUCAGCUAUCCAGAGGCAAACAGGCAUUUACUCAACAGAUUGAGGAACUAAAAAGACAUUUGGAGGAAGAAAUAAAGGCCAAGAACGCCCUGGCCCACGCCUUGCAGUCUGCUCGCCACGACUGUGACUUGCUCCGGGAACAGUAUGAGGAGGAGCAGGAAGCCAAGGGGGAGCUGCAGCGUGCCCUGUCCAAGGCCAACAGCGAAGUGGCCCAGUGGAGAACCAAAUACGAGACGGACGCGAUUCAGCGCACCGAGGAGCUGGAGGAGGCCAAGAAGAAGCUGGCACAGCGGCUGCAGGAUGCAGAGGAACACGUUGAAGCCGUCAAUGCCAAAUGUGCUUCCCUGGAAAAGACCAAGCAGAGGCUGCAGAAUGAAGUGGAGGACUUGAUGAUUGACGUGGAGCGCUCAAACGCUGCCUGUGCAGCUCUGGAUAAGAAGCAGAGGAACUUUGACAAGAUCCUGGCCGAGUGGAAGCAGAAGUAUGAGGAGACGCAGGCUGAGCUGGAAGCCUCCCAGAAGGAGUCUCGCUCUCUCAGCACCGAGCUGUUCAAGAUGAAGAAUGCCUAUGAGGAGUCCUUGGACCACCUGGAGACGCUCAAGCGCGAGAACAAGAACCUGCAGCAGGAGAUUUCCGACCUGACGGAGCAGAUUGCCGAGGGAGGAAAGGCGAUUCAUGAGCUGGAGAAAGUCAAGAAGAAUGAAGCCCUGAGGCUGAAGAAGAAGAUGGAGGGAGACCUGAAUGAAAUGGAGAUCCAGCUCAGCCAUGCCAACCGCCAGGCUGCAGAGGCACAAAAGAACCUGAGGAACACACAGGGAGUGCUCAAGGAUACCCAGAUACACCUGGAUGAUGCUCUGAGGACUCAGGAGGACCUGAAGGAGCAGGUGGCCAUGGUGGAGCGCAGAGCAAACCUGCUUCAAGCUGAAGUUGAGGAGCUUCGGUCAGCCCUGGAGCAGACGGAGCGGUCGAGGAAGUUGGCUGAGCAGGAGCUUCUGGAUGCCACGGAACGUGUGCAGCUCCUCCACACCCAGAACACCAGCUUGAUCAACACUAAGAAGAAGCUGGAAACAGACAUUGUGCAAAUUCAGGGUGAAAUGGAGGAUAUGAUCCAGGAAGCCCGCAAUGCUGAAGAGAAGGCCAAGAAGGCCAUCACAGAUGCAGCCAUGAUGGCAGAAGAGCUGAAGAAGGAGCAGGACACCAGUGCCCACCUGGAGAGGAUGAAGAAGAACCUGGACGUUACAGUGAAGGACCUGCAGCACCGUCUGGAUGAGGCUGAGCAGCUGGCCCUGAAGGGAGGCAAGAAGCAAAUCCAGAAGCUGGAGGCCAGGGUGCGGGAGCUGGAAGGGGAGGUUGAUGCUGAGCAGAAGCGCAGCGCUGAAGCCGUGAAGGGUGUGCGCAAGUACGAGAGGAGGGUGAAGGAGCUGACCUACCAGUCUGAGGAAGACCGGAAGAAUAUUCUGCGGCUGCAGGACCUGGUGGACAAGCUGCAAAUGAAGGUGAAAUCCUACAAGAGACAAGCUGAGGAGGCUGAGGAAUUGUCCAACGUCAACCUCUCCAAGUUCCGCAAGAUCCAGCACGAGCUGGAGGAAGCCGAGGAGCGGGCUGACAUUGCAGAGUCACAGGUCAACAAGCUCCGGGCCAAGAGCAGGGAGUUUCAUGGCAAGAAGAUAGAAGAGGAAGAGUGAGAGUGUCAUGAGGCGACAAAGUGACCUGAGGAUGCGCAAAAUGUGAACCUCUUGGUCGCUUUUCUUCUGCAAUGUCUCUCUGUACCCGCCCCCGUGUCUAGAGAAUAAAGACUGUAGAUUCCUCUG